AAUUUCAAAUUUGACAACAGUGAACAGUAGUGGAAAUUGUAAUUUGUGAAUUGCGUUUUCUAGAAAUUUGUUUUACUAUUCGUACUAUUUUAAGUUUGUUUAUUAGAUAUGUGAAAGUUCUUGGUGAUUAAUAGGCAUUAUGUUAAUUUAUUAGCUUAGACUUGUGUUUUAACUAUUGAAGCUCGCAUUGGUUUGUUUGUAAACGCCACCUAGACGAAGAAAUCAUGGCGGAUCCACUGAGUUUACUACGACAAUUUAAUGUAAAUAAAAAGGAAAUUAUAGAGAGGGAUAAUCAGAUAAUAUUUGGCGAGUUUUCCUGGCCAAAAAAUGUUAAGACAAAUUACUUCAUGUGGGGAUCUGGCAAAGAAGGCGGGGAAAAAGAAUACUACACUCUAGAAUGCUUGCUUUUCAUCUUAAAGAAUAUUACAUUAACCCAUCCUAUUUAUAUUAAAAAAGCAGCUGCUGCUAACAUACCACCUGUAUGUCGUCCUGAUCGUAAAGAACUACUUGCUUACUUGAAAGGAGAGACUGCAACUUGUUCAUCUAUAGAUAAGAGUGCACCGUUAGAAAUCCCAACACAGGUAAAAAGAACACAUGAGCAUGGUGAAUCAGCGGCGAAAAAGCCUCGCAUUGAGGAACUUCAUGUGCAAAAAGUGCGGGAACAGCUUGCAGCACGUCUUGAUGCACCUAAAGAAGCUUCUGUCACAGUUGAUAAUAUCAAAUCUCUAUCAGAAGCUAUGUCAGUUGAGAAGAUUGCAGCAAUCAAAGCUAAGAGAUUGGCUAAAAAGAGAACAACAAUCAAAAGUAACGACUAUACUGAUUCCCUUGGUGUUGUGGGUUCAGACCUAAGAGCCAUAUUGGAUUAUGAUGUAGAUCUCACUAAAGAUAUAAUAAGUCGGGAAAGACAGUGGAGAACAAGGACAACAGUAUUACAGAGUAACGGAAAAAUAUUUUUAAAAAGCAUCAAUGCUCUUCUUGGAAGUAUAAAGGCUCGGGAGGAGGGCAGAUCAGGUGUUCCAAGACCUCAGCCUGUGAUAAUGCCACAGCCUACUACCUUACCAGCUCAGCAAACGCAAUAUAACAGAUAUGAUCAGGAAAGAUUUAUUAGACAGAAAGAAGAAACUGAGGGUUUCAAAAUUGAUACUAUGGGAACAUAUCAUGGUAUGACAUUGAAGUCAGUGACAGAAGGGCCUAGUGUACCAGUGGCAGCCCGCGCCCCUCCCACACCAAAUCACCCCAGACAAAUGCCACAAAACGGCCCCGUAACAAGCACACCUGGUCGCAAAGAAUUGCUUCCAGUAGCGGCUGCGCGUGCGCCGAUUGGUGGAGGCAAGAGACCUUCACGGACACCCAUCAUCAUCAUACCAGCCGCUGCCACCGCUCUCAUAUCUAUGUUUAAUGUUAAGGAUAUGCUGCAAGAUCUUAAGUUCGUACCAGUGGAGCAAAAGAAAGCGGAAGGUGCUUCACGAGAAAAUGAAGUACUUUUGCAAAGACGGAAGGGUCCCACCGGAGAUAAUAUUCCUAACAAUGCGACUACAAUUACAGUACCAUAUCGCGUAGUUGAUAACCCAAGCAGACUAUCAGCGGCCGAAUGGGACCGUGUUGUUGGAGUAUUCGUUCAAGGACCAGCAUGGCAAUUCAAGGGAUGGCCGUGGGACGGAAAUCCUGUUCAAAUUUUCGCUAAUAUAUGCGCCUUUCACCUGAAGUAUGAUGAAAUGAAAUUAGACAGUAAUGUUGCCCGGUGGGCGGUGACAGUGCUUAAUCUCAGCCGCACCAAGAGGCAUCUUGACCGAGCCGUACUACUCGGCUUCUGGGAAACACUUGACAAGCACAUGAUGAAAAAUAAACCGCACCUUAGGUUCUAAUUUUAUUAGUGUUAUUUCUAUAGAAAAUAUAUCUUGUGAGUUUGAACCUUAUACCAAGCGAAUCUAAGUCAAUUCAUACCAUUUAAUAAACAACAAUUCAUAUAAGUUAAAUUUCGUGUUGACUGAAAGUUUAUAGUAUACCCCUAUCUUAUACUCUAAUUAAUUAGCUAAAGUACUAUUCGUCCCGUUCUCUCAAAUUUUGUUUACACUAAGGUGAAAAGAGACAGAAUAUCUCCAAUAUGUAACAGUUAUAUGUAUCAAGAAUGGUUUAUUAUCUCAUGUAAAACCUAGGAUUUCAUACAUUGUAAGGCCUGACGAUUUAUUGAUUGUUAAUAACAAGACCAAACUAUGAGUGUGGAUAAUUGUAGUUUCUACCCAAAGUGUAAGUGUAAAAUAAUAAAAUAUAUUUUAUGUAUGACGUGUUAUACUAAUAAAUGACUAAAGACGCAGCAAAAGGAAACAA